AAAUAUUGUUACAAAAGUAGUAUUAAGUUGUAUUUGUAUUACUAUAUGCAUCCCUGAUUAUGAACAAUAGCUGUAGGUAUAUGGAAUAGCAUUUGUCUUGUUGUAGACAUCUGGCGCCACGACUGUCUGCUUGUCGAAACAAUAGACAUCUGGCGCCGCACUGUCUGCUUGUCUAGUUAAACAAUUGCUGAGUCUGGCGCCGCGACUGUCUGCUUGCGUCUGGCGCCGUAUAGCAUUAUGUUCUGGUAAUUUCCAGACGCAAUAUUCUAGAAGGACACGUCGGCAUCAGCGAGAAGUGCGUGGCUAUAUAAGCCGUGGCAGCGCCAACGUAAUCAAUCAGUGCUAAGAGUAAACUGCUAUAGUGUAGACGAGUUGUGAAAUAAAGAGUUGUUGAAUUAAAUUAAACAGUGUUGAUUUUAUUUGUCAAUCCAGAGAUACGAACCUAACAAAGUAAACUAGCAAGAGUAAAUUCGUAACAAUUGGUGUCAGAAGUGGGAUUGUCAAAUAAUCCAAAUUCAAGAUGAUUAAAUUCAGAGAAUUGAGAAUUCAGCAAUUAAAAAAGGAACUGGAGGAGCGUAAUUUGCCGAUAAGCGGGCAAAAGGCGGAUCUGCAGGCACGAUUACGUGAAGCAAUGGAAGCGGAUGGAAUUAAUGUGGACGAGUUCGAAUUUGUUGGGCCAGAAACUUCUACAAAGGUAGAAGAGAAAGUAGAAGAACAACGAACAUCAUCAAGUGUAGACAUGAACACGUUGUUAGUGGCUAUUAAGCAAAUGGCAGAAAAUGUAGUGCAAACAGAAAAUCGUCUGGCACAGCAAAUAGCCGAAAAUGCAGAAAAUGCAGUGCAGGCAGAAAAUCGUCUGGCACAGCAAAUAACGCAAAUAGCUGAAAAUACAUCACAGUUAGAGUCUCGCCUUACACAACAAAUAACUGAAAAUAAUACGCAGUUAGAAAAGCGUUUGGUACAACAGAUUACAGAAAAUAAUACACAAGUGCAAGAGAAAUUUUCAAAAUUUGAAGACGAAUUAAGCACAAUAAAAAAUGACGAAGAAAAUUUAAGAUCAGAAUUUCUUCAACUGAGUAAUCGUGUGCGAGAACUGCAACUACAUGGCCCUGCACCAUCAACAAAUAAUCAAAGAUUGAAGGCACCCACAUUCGAUGGAAGUAUUCCAUUUCAAAUUUUCAAACUUCAAUUUGAAAAGACAGCAAUGGCCAAUAAUUGGAAUGCAGCGGACAAGGUGGCGUCCUUGUUUGUAUCAUUGAAAGGACCUGCGGCAGAAAUCCUUCAGACUAUUCCAGACUGUGAACGGGACAACUAUGAGGCAUUGAUGAGUGCGAUAGAAAGACGAUAUGGUAGUGAGCACCGGAAACAAAUAUACCAGAUCGAACUGCAAAAUAGGGGUCAGAAAAUGAACGAGUCAUUGCAAGAGUUCGCAACGGAAAUAGAACGACUGGCUCAUUUGGCAAAUGCAGAUGCACCUGUGGAUUACAUUGACAGGGUAAAAAUUCAAUGUUUCAUAAAUGGAAUUCGUGAUGUGGACACCAAACGCGCCACAUAUGCAUUGCCAAAAAGAACGUUUGCUGAAACGGUUUCGCACGCCCUCACACAGGAAACAGCUUCCCUACUAAGUAAACCAGCACACAAAGUACAAAGGGUUGAAAUGGAACAACCGGCGCUGAUGGAAGAAAUAUUGAAGACUCUGAAGACAAUUGCUGCACCGCGAGUAAAUACAACAGGCAGAUGUUUCAACUGUGGAAAAGCGGGUCACUUUGCCCGAAAUUGCAAUAUAAAAGUAAACCCAUCAAAACGGAAACAACCAACAGAUAACGAGGACGAAGCACCCACAUCUCACAAGUCGUUAAACUAA